UUUGUGUUUCUUUGAUAAUGAGGCUCAGAAUCAUUACAUAAAAGUUUUCAGAUGCAAUUUUAGUUGGUGAAACAGCAUGAACAGUUUGUAUUAAACACAAAUCUGCAAAUGCGUUCCUAUCGUAGUCGAACACUCCGGCAUCUAUUAGACCUGUGGCCUGGCAAGAAGUACCUGGGCAUAUACCGAUUCUUGCCACUGUUCUUCGGGCUUGGAGCAACGUUAGAGUUUUCCAUGAUUCACUGGCGCGUCGGCGAUACGAACUUCUAUAACACGUUUAAAAAACAUCAAGCCAAAGACAUCGUCGAAGAGCGAUUACGGCUGCACCAGUUGGAGCCUAUCCGGGAAUCAAACUGAAUUAAAAUGCCGGCCGGGGUUUCAACGAAGGAAUAUGUGAAAUUCAUGGCGGCGGCCCUGUUUUCCAUGUUUGCUGGUUCGCAGCUCGUUCACACGUACUACAAUCCGCUGAAGGAUCUAAAUUAUUACAUCGAGAAGGAAAUUAGGUCGCGACAGUUACGGGAAGUCCAACAACAAAAUGCAGUAAAAGGUGACAAUGAUGGUGGAAUAAAAAAGUAAUAUAAUAGUUUA